AUGCUCUCUGUGCGAGCCGUUUCGGGCCUCGCGCUCGCCGCCGUGCUGAGUGCCGCGAGGCUCGGUCUUGCCAGUCCUUUGGACCACCCGGCUUACCGUAGCGUCUUCGACGUCGAUGCGGUAGCCUCAUGCUCCGCCACCGGGCAGGCCUCCUGUCAGAACACAACUGUGCAGACGAACCUGUGCUGCUUCAAUGCCCCCGGUGGCGCCUUGCUUCAGACGCAGUUCUGGGACACGGACCCGGUCACCGGUCCCGAUGACAGCUGGACCAUCCAUGGUCUCUGGCCUGAUAACUGUGACGGCACGUACGAGUCCAGCUGCGACUCGUCGCGUGCGUACACGGACAUCACGGGGAUCCUGACGUCGGCGGGGGAGACGGAGCUGGUGAGCUACAUGGAGACGAUGUGGGUGUCGAACAGCGGGACGCCCGAGUCGUUCUGGGAGCACGAGUGGUCCAAGCACGGCACGUGCGUGUCGACGCUGGACCCCAAGUGCUACACGGGCUACACCAAGGGCCAGGAGGCCGUCGACUUCUUCAAGAAGGUCGUCGCCCUGUUCAAGACGCUGCCCACCUACGACUGGCUGAGCGCCGCCGGCAUCACCCCGUCCAGCUCCAAGACCUACACCCUCGCCCAGAUCCAGGCCGCCCUCACCAAGAACCACGGCGCCAGCGUCUACCUCGGCUGCAACAAUGCCGAGAUCAGCGAGGUCUGGUAUUUCUUCAACGUCAAGGGGUCCGUCCAGACCGGCACCUUUGUGCCUGUUGCCUCUCUGAAUUCGGCAGAAUGUCCGAGCACCGGAAUCAAAUACCUCCCUAAGAACGGCGGUGGUGACGAUGGUGGUGGUAGUGGAGGUGGCGGCGGAGAUGGCGGCGGCACCGUCUUCUCGGGCAGCGGGACGCUGAACGUGUACAGCAGCGGGACGCAGAAGGGAUGCCUGAUCUCGGCGGGCACGUGGUACACGAGCGGGACGUGCGCGACGUACACGGCGACGGCGUCGGGCAGCGGGUUCACGCUCAAGUCGUCGAAGGGCAACUGCGGCCUGUCGGGCGGCGUCUUCACGUGCGGGUCCGGCGUCACCAGCACCGUAUUCACAGCCAGCGGCAGCAGCCUGAUGGCCAGCGGGUCCACGGCCUUCUCGGCCGACUCGACCGCCUCGGGCUCGACCCAGGUCAAGGUCUACUCUGGCAGCAGCCACUCGGUCAAGCUGACGGUGCAGUGGGCUUCGUGA